UGGUGUCCAGGGAAGGAGAUCGCUUUUCUCCGGUGUGAACGAUGUUUAAAAAGAGGAGGACUGUGCGCAGGACGAGCCCAGCGGAUUGCUCAGCAGCCCUGGGAAGGACACGGUGCAGCGCAAAGUGAUGUGGAGGACACUCGGAGAGCACCAUACUCUCAUCCAGACCCGAACUCGGCACACAGGUUGACCAUGGUAGCUGGGAUUCGAUCUCUGCUCCUUCUGCUGCUUUAUCAGGUGCUGCUGAGUUGUUGCACCGGUCUAAUCCCUGAAGUGGAAAGGAGGAAGUACACAGAGUCUGGCCGGGCCUCUCCCCAGGAGUCACAGGGCAUCCUCAACCAGUUCGAACUUCGUUUGCUUAAUAUGUUUGGCUUGAAGAGAAGGCCAACCCCUGGCAAAAACGCUGUAAUCCCUCACUACAUGCUGGAAUUGUACCACCUGCACUCAGCCCAUCUGGCCGAGAACCAAGACAAGCCCCCCAUGGAUUAUCAGAAGGAGCGUGCAGCCAGCCGAGCAAAUACAGUCAGGAGCUUCCACCACGAAGAAUCAAUGGAAGAGCUUCCAGAGUCGGGAGAGAAUACUGUACAGAGUUUCUUCUUCAACUUGUCUUCCAUUCCUAGUGAAGAGCUGAUCACGUCAGCUGAGCUUCGUAUAUUUCGAGAGCAGGUUCAAGAGCCAUUUGAAAGUGACAGCAAUAAGACUCUCCGCAUUAAUAUUUAUGAUAUUGUCAAGCCAGCUGCUGCUGCCUCCAGGGGGCCUGUCACGAGACUGUUGGACACCCGACUGAUCCAUCAUAAUGUAAGCAGAUGGGAAAGCUUUGAUGUCACACCAGCUAUUAUAAGGUGGAUUGCACACAGACAGCCUAACCAUGGCUUUGUUGUAGAAGUAACUCACUUGGACAGUGAGAAAAACGUCACUAAGAGACACGUGAGGAUUAGAAGAUCUUUACUGCCUGAUAAAGACCAAUGGUCUCAGAUAAGGCCACUUUUAGUAACUUAUAGCCACGAUGGCAAAGGACUCCCUCUCCACAAAAGAGAAAAACGACAAGCGAGGCAAAGGCAAAGGAAACGGCUCAAGUCAAGCUGUAGAAGACACCCACUGUAUGUAGACUUCAGUGAUGUUGGCUGGAAUGACUGGAUUGUGGCCCCUCCUGGAUACCAUGCCUUCUACUGCCACGGUGAAUGCCCCUUUCCACUGGCAGAUCAUUUUAACUCCACAAAUCACGCCAUUGUACAGACUUUGGUGAAUUCCGUCAACCCGGCUAUCCCAAAAGCUUGCUGCGUCCCAACAGAACUGACUGCCAUCUCUAUGCUCUACCUAGAUGAAAAUGAAAAAGUUGUGUUGAGAAACUAUCAAGACAUGGUUGUGGAAGGGUGUGGGUGUCGCUAAUAAACUACAGACUCACAAAAUAAAAACACACUCCGACAUGUUCACAAAAAAAAA